AUGACUACAGCGCUACCGUUCCAUGCGAGUAUGUCCGCCGGAGUGAACUCGUACGGUUACUAUAACGACUAUAGCGGCGGCACCGAUUACUGGAAUUCGGCAAGCAGCAACUAUCCGAACUCGGUGAGCUCGCAUGGAGACUCACCCGACCCGUACUCCAGCCCCACCACAAGCUCGUACUAUUCGGGCUCAGUGACUUCGGCCAAUUCUUACGCGGUUGACGGUCACCCCUACGGGUCAUCGGGAUACGCCAUCAGCGAGAUCGGAACUGAAGAUGACCGUAUUCCUCGUCACGGACCCAAAAGACGCGUGACCGCCAACCGCAAAGAACGACGUCGAACGCAGAGCAUCAAUAACGCGUUCUCCGAGCUUCGGGAUUGCAUACCGAAUGUUCCAUCGGAUACGAAACUGUCCAAGAUUAAAACGCUUCGUUUGGCGACAAGUUACAUUGCUUACCUCAUGGAACUACUAGACUCUGAGAACGACCUCGACGUUCUCACCACAUUGCCAGGCCACGGCUUCAAGGCGGAGUUGGGCAAAAGGACUCGAACGCCCGAACAAGAAGAACGCCGGAAACGAGAACUGGCGCUGGCCAUGAUGCACGCACCAGGACGUGGGAACUCGCGAUCCAAGGGACGUACCGGCUGGCCCCAACACGUCUGGGCCCUCGAACUGGAGAGUCCGGGCUCGCAUGCGAGCGCCUGUCCCCCGGUGUCAGCUGCUGCCUCGACGAUGAUGAUUCCACCGCCCCCUCCACCGACGCAUCCUCUAGGUCAGCAGCAACAAGCAUCCAUUGAACUGUGA